AUGCCACGCCGGCGACGCCGUCGGAGACCAGCGAAGUGGGGCCGCUGCCACGUUCGACCGACGCCGAGGGCAGCCAAUGUCUGUCGGGAGACGCGCAAACCGCUCGCGAGCCGUCCAGGGGGAGCCGCCGUCGUGAACAGCCGCGCCAGCCGCCAAGAACCGCCGGACAGAGGGACCAUCGAGAGCCGAGGCGGGCUGAGUCGUAAAUUGUCUUCGGUUCAGAACGAGAUGUUGAGAGAAAGCGGAGAGAUGGUCUCCGGUUCUGGGAUCUGCUCUAAAAGAGUGUUUGUGGAUGAAGAAGUAAAGUUGCUUUUGAAGUAU